GAAGAUGAAGUCCUCAGUACAUUCUGAAGAGGAUGAUUUUGUUCCAGAACUACAUAGAAAUGUUCAUCCCCGAGAGCGGCCUGAUUGGGAAGAAACACUUAGUGCAAUGGCAAGGGGAGCAGAUGUUCCAGAGAUUCCUGGAGAUCUUACUCUUAAGGCAUGCAGCAGUACAGCAAGUAUGAAGGUCAAACAUGUGAAAAAGUCCACCACCCCAGGACUGAUGGGCUGUGACAACAUUCACAGGUUGCCCUUCACUAAGGGUCACUUUCCAAAGAUGGCUGAAUGUGCACAUUUCCAUUAUGAGAACGUUGAAUUCGGCAGCAUACAGCUUUCACUUUCUGAAGAACAGAAUGAAGUAAUGAAAAAUGGCUGCGAAUCUAAAGAGCUGGUCUACCUCGUGCAGAUUGCCUGUCAGGGCAAAAGUUGGAUUGUUAAAAGAAGUUAUGAAGAUUUUCGGGUACUUGAUAAACAUCUUCAUCUAUGUAUUUAUGACCGACGCUUCUCCCAACUCUCUGAGCUGCCCCGUUCUGACAACCUGAAGGACAGUCCAGAGUCCGUCACUAAGAUGCUCAUGGCUUACCUGUCCCGCCUUUCAGCCAUUGCUGGCAACAAGAUCAACUGUGGGCCUGCCCUUACCUGGAUGGAGAUUGAUAAUAGAGGAAAUCACCUUCUGGUUCAUGAGGAAUCAUCCAUCAACACUCCUGCUGUUGGUGCUGCUCAUGUUAUCAAGAGGUACACUGCUCGGGCCCCUGAUGAAUUGACCUUAGAGGUGGGAGACAUUGUUUCUGUUAUUGACAUGCCCCCCAAAGUGCUAAGUACAUGGUGGAGAGGCAAGCAUGGAUUUCAGGUGGGACUCUUCCCUGGACAUUGUGUUGAGUUAAUUAACCAGAAAGUUCCCCAGUCAGUGACCAACUCAGUGCCAAAGCCAGUGUCUAAAAAGCACGGCAAACUCAUUACUUUCUUACGAACAUUCAUGAAGUCUCGUCCAACAAAACAGAAGCUAAAGCAGCGGGGGAUCUUGAAAGAGAGGGUGUUUGGUUGUGACCUUGGGGAGCAUCUUCUGAAUUCUGGUUUUGAAGUGCCCCAGGUUCUUCAGAGCUGCACAACAUUCAUUGAGAGGUAUGGGAUUGUGGAUGGAAUAUAUCGUCUCUCUGGAGUUGCCUCCAAUAUCCAGAGACUACGGCAUGAAUUUGACUCUGAGCAUGUCCCCGACCUGACAAAAGAACCAUAUGUACAAGACAUCCAUUCUGUGGGCUCCCUCUGCAAGCUGUACUUCCGAGAGCUCCCCAACCCUCUGCUCACCUACCAGCUGUAUGAGAAGUUCUCUGAUGCUGUUUCAGCAGCAACAGAUGAAGAAAGGCUGAUAAAAAUUCAUGAUGUCAUCCAGCAGCUCCCCCCACCGCACUACAGAACACUGGAGUUCCUGAUGAGGCACUUGUCUCUUCUAGCAGACUAUUGCUCCAUCACAAAUAUGCAUGCAAAAAACUUAGCAAUCAUCUGGGCUCCAAACCUGCUCAGAUCAAAACAGAUAGAAUCCGCCUGCUUCAGUGGAACAGCAGCUUUCAUGGAAGUGAGAAUUCAGUCUGUGGUUGUGGAGUUCAUCCUCAAUCAUGUAGAUGUGCUCUUCAGUGGCAAAAUCAGUGCAGUCAUGCAGGAAGGGGCAGCAUCUUUAUCUAGGCCCAAGUCUCUGCUGGUAUCUUCUCCAUCCACCAAGCUUCUGACUUUGGAGGAAGCCCAGGCAAGAACACAAGCUCAGGUCAAUUCUCCAAUUGUGACUGAAAAUAAAUAUAUUGAAGUAGGAGAAGGACCUGCUGCACUUCAGGGGAAAUUUCAUACCAUAAUUGAGUUCCCACUGGAAAGAAAGAGGCCUCAAAAUAAGAUGAAAAAGUCCCCUGUGGGCAGCUGGCGUUCCUUUUUCAACUUGGGGAAGUCAUCAUCUGUCUCUAAGCGGAAGUUGCAGCGCAAUGAGAGUGAGCCUUCAGAGAUGAAGGCCAUGGCUUUGAAAGGUGGCAGGGCAGAAGGAACCCUACGCUCAGCUAAAAGUGAGGAGUCUCUUACUUCUCUCCAUGCAGUUGAUGGUGAUUCCAAGCUCUUCCGGCCUAGAAGACCCCGGUCUAGCAGUGAUGCCCUGUCUGCCUCUUUUAAUGGAGAAAUGCUGGGGAACCGCUGUAAUUCCUAUGAUAAUUUGCCCCAUGACAAUGAGAGUGAGGAGGAAGUAGGGCUUCUGCACAUUCCAGCUCUAAUGUCUCCUCCUUCCGCUGAGGACGUUGAUUUGAGCCCACCAGACAUUGGAGUGGCCAGCCUGGAUUUUGAUCCAAUGUCCUUUCAAUGUAGUCCUCCUAAGGCUGAGUCAGAAUGUCUGGAGAGUGGUGUUUCCUUUUUAGAUUCAUUAGGAUACUCAAAGGAUAAACCAUGUGCCAAUACAAAGGAUAUAGAAACAGGUGGUAGUCAGUCGCAGACUCCAGGAAGCACUACAAGCUCUGAACCAGUUUCUCCAGUUCAGGAGAAACUGAGUCCAUUCUUUACCCUGGACUUGAGCCCACCUGAAGAGAAAUCAUCUAAGCCAUCCUCAUUUACUGAAAAGGUCGUCUAUGCUCUCUCUCCAAAGAUUGGACGGAAGUUAACUAAAUCACCUUCCAUGAACAUAUCAGAGCCAAUUUCAGUGACCCUUCCACCUCGGGUGUCAGAAGUCAUUGGUACCAUCUCAAAUACUGCAGCUCAGAAUGCAUCGUCUCCAACUUGGGACAAAAGCAUGGAAGACAGUGAUGUCACAAAUAGAACCCCCACCCAGAUAGUAAAGAUGAAAGCAAAUGAGAGAGAGGCCCAAGAAGGAUGUGAACCUGAAAUCCAGCCCCUGGACCAGGUGGCUGCUGAAGAAGUAGAAUUGCCAGGGAAAGAGGAUCGGUCUGUCCCAAGCAGUCAGAGUAAGGCUGUAGCUUCUGGACAGACUCAGACAGGAGCAGUUACCCAUGACCCCCCUCAGGAUCCCGUUCCUGUCAGUUCAGUCUCUCUUAUCCCACCACCUCCGCCUCCGAAAAAUGUCGCUCGAAUGUUGGCACUAGCGUUAGCUGAGUCUGCACAGCAAGCCUCAACCCAGACAUUGAAGAAACCAGGGGCUUCCCAGGCUGGGUAUACAAAUUAUGGAGACAUAGUGGCCACCGCUGAAGAUAAACUGCCCAGUCCCUACUCUAGUGUUGCAAUAGAUAAGGCCUAUUUCCAGACGGAUCGACCAGCAGAGCAGUUCCACCUCCAGAAUAGCACACCUGGGAACAGUGACCAGCCUCUCGCAGAGACAGCAGCUAUUGGGGAUCCCCCCCAUUCCCACACAGAAUCUGGGGAGCACCUCCAUCAAGUAGAUUUACCAGGGAAUCAGUCACUUCCAAACUGUUUACCUGGGGACCCAGAAAAGGCUAGAAUUGCGUCAGCUCCCUUAACUGACUCAGAGAAGUCUGAUGAUCAUGGAUGUUUCCCUGAAGACCAGGCUGGGAAGCCCAGUGUGUUGAGUGUUUCCUUUGCAGAGCAGGACCAGUCUGUGCUCCACUUCUACAGUGAGCAUCAGCUUCCCUCCUACCUUGGUUCAAGUGUGGAUAAGCCCCAUCACCCUUCAGAACUCCCAGGCGAAUCUCCCAUGCCUGCGAGUUUGCCAAGGGACAAAGUCUACCUGCCUUCUGGGUCCCCUGAAGAGAAUGCCAGCACAGCUACCAUGGCUUACAUGAUAGCAACUGCGGCAGCCGAAACAAGAGCCAAGGACACCAGCUGGGUGAUGGCUGAACAGUCUGCUGCUGCUGACUAUGUUGCUACUGACUUUGCUGCUGCCACCCUCCAGCGCCCCCACAGAAAUCGUCCCCUCCCUGCACCUCCUUCCCAGAGGCCAGCAGAGCAGCCACCAGUCAUGGGGCAGGUACAAGCACCAACCAGUAUAGGAGUAAAUAAUUCCCACAAGGUUCAAGGAUCAGUUCCAGCUCCAGAGAGGCCACCUGAGCCUCGAGCCAUGGAUGACCCUGUGCCCAUCUUUGUCAGUGAUGGCAGUGCAACUGCCCAGUGUCCCAUGGCUGCUGCUGCUCUCCAGCCAGGCCUACCUGAGAAGGUUCAAGAAGGCACCAGGGCCCCGCUACUUCACCUGCGUGCUGAGUCUUUCCCUGGGCACUCCUGUGGUUUCGGGGCACCAGUGCCCCCUACCAGGGCCAUGGAGAGUAAGAUCGCUGCUGCCUUACACUCCAGCAGUGCAGAUGCCACCAGCAGUUCCAACUACCACUCCUGUGUUGCUGCUUCAUCAGCCUCAGUGGAUGAUGUGUUGCCUUUACCACUUUCUGUCCCUCAACCCAAGCAUGCUUCUCAGAGAAUAGCUUACUCCUCUUUUGUCAGGUCCGAGGUUGCCACUGAGCCCUUUGGCCCAGAAAAUUGUUUGCAUUUCAGUAUGACUCCAAACUGCCAGUUCCGUCCCCAGAGUGUACCUCCACAUCAUAAUAAGUUGGAGCAACACCAAGUGUAUGGUGCCCGAUCAGAGCCACCAGCCUCCAUGGGUCCCCGUUAUAACACCUAUGUGGCUCCAGGAAGAAAUACAUCUGGACAUCACUCCAAGCCAUGCAGCCGGAUUGAGUAUGUUUCUUCUCUGACCUCCUCUGUUAGGAGUGCUUGUUACCCCGAGGAUGUUCCACCAUACCCUACCAUCCGGAGGGUGCAGUCCCUUCAUGCACCCCCAUCAUCCAUGAUCCGCUCUGUCCCCAUUUCUCGGACAGAAGUUCCCCCCGAUGAUGAAGCAACCUACUGCCCAAGACCCCUGUACCAGUAUAAGCCAUAUCAGUCCUCCCAGGCCCGCUCAGAUUACCAUGUAACUCAGCUUCAGCCUUACUUUGAGAAUGGACGGGUACAUUACCGCUACAGCCCUUAUUCCAGUUCCUCCAGUUCCUAUUACAGUCCUAAUGGAGCCCUGUGUGAUGUGGAUGCCUAUAGCACAGUGCAGUUGAGGCCCUUUCACCGCCUGCCAAGUCGAGAUUUUGCUCUCUAUAAUCCUAGGCUGCAAGGCAAGAACUUGUACAGUUACCCUGGUUUGCCUCCGCGUCCCCGUGCCAGUGGCACUGGCUAUUUCUCUGGUAAUGACCAUAGUGUAGUCAACAUGCCUCCACCUGCUGAUGUAAAGCACACCGGCACCUCUUGGGACUUCGAGGACAUGGAGAAAUACCACAUGCAGUCCAUCCGGAGAGAAAGCCGUGCACGGCAGAAGGUGAAGGACCCUGUCAUGUCUCAGUAUGAUAACAUGACUCCAGCCAUGCAGGAUGACUUGGGGGGGAUCUAUGUCAUCCAUCUACGCAGCAAAUCUGAUCCUGGGAAAACUGGACUUCUCUCAGUGGCAGAGGGAAAGGAGGGGCGACACUCAACCAAGGCUGUCAGUCCUGAGGGAGAUGACCGCUUCUAUAGGAAGCACACAGAGCAGGAAUUUGAUAGAGUCCUCCACCAUGGAGGCUACAGCAGUGCACAGGCAGAGAAGCCAUCCCUCCCUCAGAAGCAGAGCAGCCUUAGGAACAGGAAGCUCCAUGACAUGGGUUGUAGUCUCCCAGAGCACAGGGCACAUCAGGAAGCAAGCCAUAGGCAGUUGUGUGAAUCAAAAAAUGGGCCACCUUAUGCCCAAGCAGCUGGCCAGUUAGAUUAUGGGCCCAAAGGGAUUCCAGACACUCCUGAGCCAGGCAGCUACCAUAACUCUGGAGGAAAAUAUGCCCCAUCAGGGCAGGAGUCUUUAAGACUAAAUCACAGAGAGGUAAGGCUCUCCAAAGAGCUGGAGCACCCUCGAGCCAGACAGCUACCUGCCCCUGACAAACACUCCAGAAACUGCUACAAGGAGGAGGAGCACUUCACCCAGUCAGCAGUCCCACCCCCUAAGCCAGAGAGGAGUCAUAGCCUAAAGCUGCACCAUACCCAGAACCUGGACAGGGAUCCAAGCGUGCUAUACCAGUACCAAACACAUGGCAAGCGCCACAGCAAUAUGACUGUUGUGUCCCAGUAUGAUAACCUGGAGGAUUACCACUCCCUGCCCCAGCACCAGCGAGGCGGCUUCGGAGGGGCAGGCAUGGGGACAUAUAUGCCCUCUGGCUUUGCCCACCCACAGAGCAGGACAUAUGCCACAGCACUGGGUCAGGGGGCCUUUCUGCCCACAGAGUUGUCUUUGCAGCACCCUGACACACAGAUCCAUGCAGAAUGAGCCCCGGGAGCAAUAGAGUUGAAGCAGCCUCUGCUGGACAGUGGACUGUUCUAUUUUUUUCAGUAACAAAAAAGAUUAAAAAGAAAAAAAAGGUACAAAAUCUCCAACCACAUUUAAGAAACAAAUGUAAUAAAAGUAAGCAAAUCACCAUCUUUUCCCCUUCCCUGCUUCAUUACCAUCCUUCCAUCUAUAGGCUGUCAUUUUUGUCUUUAAGAGAGAUCUGAAUGGUUGUAAAGCACUGUGUUGGAAACCUAGUAAAGAAACUUGUCACAGACUGUACUUGCCAUAUAGAGCUGAUCUGUAAGAGCCUGAGGACUGCCUUUAACUGAAUUUGAAUUUAACUUUGUCUUUUCUUAGCACGUGCUACCUAGUUCAGAGCAGUUUACAUGUCUUUCCUGGUGGGCUUUUUUUUGCGUUUGUGUCCCUGCUUCCCUACCAGUGGGUGUACAGCUUGCCCAGUUGGAGACUGAGAACAUCACUUCAUUGUCCAAUAAGGGACUUGCAGAUUAAGUUAGGGUGGAGAAAAACUCCCUGAUUCUUCAAAUAAGUCACUCGGAUAAUUAGCAGCAUUGUAAUUAAAAAGUAAAAGAACUAAGAUUUUAAGCAUUUCCUAAUAAAUACAGAGUUAUGAAAUAUCAGACCAUUUAGACUCAGGCCAAACCAUACUCUACAUUAUUUCUAUACUUGGUCUUCACAGGUAAGUGAACUCAUAGCACUGCAGAGGGUUUUUUGGGAUUUUUUGUUUUGUUUUCUUAGUUAAAGUUUAAGGAAAUUUAUUAGGUAAGUGAAAGUGAAAUUCUAUUGUCAGCAAACCUGGUUAACUCCAGAAAACAGUAUAAAUGCUGUUAAUGUGUUGCCUGUCUGCAGAUUUUUCCCACUAAUAAUACUUAGUAAAUUGUACUUCCAGUAAAACACAGUCUAUUUUCCUAAAUUAGCAACAUUUUCUCAUUAAAAGCCUUGCCUGAUUUGACUGGAUAAACAAUUUCUCAUGAAUACAGAUUUACAUGUUAAUUUGUUUCUAAACUAGAGUACAGGUUCCCUGAAAUUAUUAAAGUAGUUGUGAUUUAGUGUACACAGCCCCAUCUCUCCAGUUGGAGUUCUGUACAGCUACUAUUUACGUCCUAAGGAGUCGUGCAGUGUUUGCUUCCUCCAUACUAUUGUGAUCACAGUCUUAGUGUAAUUGUCACUGACACCAGCAUUCAGGUAUAGCUCUUUAUAACUCUGUAGACAUGUUAAACAUGUUUAAUACCCAGGACUUUCUUUUGAAAGUUGCAUUCCUUAGAAGAGUAGGAACAGGACAUCUCUCUAACCCAACUCUAUUAUGUUUCCUCAGCUCAUCCCACCACAGAAACACCAGACUAGAAAGGCAGUCCUGUAUUUACAAAGUGAGAUUGUCGUUUCAUUCCAUAACUUGUAAUAAUACUUGAGUUUUAUACAUUUACAUAUUUUAAAUGCUCAGUUGUAGAAAACAGUUCAUUCCAUUUACUGAAUGGUUGCUGCUCUGGCUUUUUAGAACUUGGAAUUAUCUUUUAAGAGGCUAAAAUGCUGCUAUUAUUGCUGUGAAUUUGUAUAAAGAAUAGGAUCCAUGCCAGUCAUUUUUUUAAUUUAAAAAAGUCAUGUGAUUGCUUUUUAAGGAUUUAUAUUUAGAAAAAGUUUUAAAGACAAAUUUAUAUAUGAAAAUACUCUAUAUAAGAUUUUCUUUUGUUCCCAAGAAUUGAUCAGAGGAAUGCAACAAAGACCAGAGUAGAAAUCUUAAAACACCAAUUUAUGGAAAAGUCUGGAAGUUUAGGCCUCAGUGUUAAAAGUGCAGACUAAACUGAUGAGGUCAAAACUUGAGGAACCCAAUAGGUUACUUCAUCCAGCACACACACACACACACACACACACACACACACACACUCACACACACACUGGGGGUGCUACGUAUAGAAAUUGAGCUCUAGUGAAUAUGCAGCACUACUUUUUAAAAAAAAAAAAAAAAAACCUUAAUCAUCUUUUUAUCAAGUAGGCAACCCAUUGCCCCUUGGGGACCAUACCAGCCCUGAAAUUGUUACCAGCAGCAGAGGUUAGGAAGAGGGGCUGGCAUGACAUGGCUUCAGUAACUGAGGACCCAGAACAAAGCAACAAAAGAAGUCCAGGCCAGUUUUAAUAUUGGUGGAUUUGGUGUCACACAUUGUUUACUCCUGGAACUAAGUCUGUUUUAUAAAUGCUAAAGUUGAUUCCUCAGAACAAUUUCUUUAUUAAUGUCCUAUGGGCUUGGAAGUAGGUAAAUAUUUUGAGUAUAGAAUGAUGAUUCAAAUUACUGGUGUAAGUGUGAAACAGACUUUAGAUAAAGUCUAGAGUUAACAUAUGUAGCAACAGCCUUAACUUUGGAUUCAGCUAUUUAAAAGACUUUGUCCCCAUCUUUCCCUUUCUAAUACUGUGGGGGUAGAAAUUGGAUGCUAGAUCACUGUGAGCCAGGUUACCUCAGCAUUGGCCACCCUGUGUGUGGCUUCACAAAUGCAGAAUUGAAUGUUGUUACUUUCAGAUGUUGACAUGGAGCAUCGUGAUCAAGGAAAUGGAGCUGCCUUACGCAUUAACCCAUAAUUCAAUUCUAUUGAUACUUUCACAGCCUUGUCUCCAGGUUUCAUCUUUUUGGCAAAAUUCUGAUUCCACAGUUUGGUUUGAUGGAAAUAAAUAUUUCCUGGAUUUCUAGCUAAGAACUUUGCUAAAAGCCCCAGGGGUACCAUUAUCUUAUUAAUAAAUUUAUUCUGAGCCUUAUUUCUUAGUGUAUUCGAUUUCCUUUUAAAUAUCCAUUCACAUGUUUUAAAUGCUUAGUUUGAAGAAGUCCCUGGGAUGGUCCCAAGGGUAGGGCCCACACAUUUCUUACAAUGGCAAAGCAUUUUUUAAAAUUUAAGGUCAGGUUGAAAAAUUCUAGGACUAAUUCUGUAAAGAGGAGGGACUGUGAAUGUGAGUGGGGGUAGAAGAGUGGGUUGUCAUAUUUGAAUUAGUAAUGUAUAUGACAUAAAUUUAAGAUUUGCUCCUUUAGUUCAAGAAGGAGCAUGUAAAGUCCAUUUCUCUGUUCCAGUCCUAUUGAUCACCCACUCAGAAUGUUGACAGAGUAUCGCCUGAGCAGAGGGUGCAAGGGAAUAAUGAAAGCUAAGUAUGUCAGGAAGUUACUUUCAAAUGGUUAGAGGCAUGUGAUUGUCAGUAUUGUGUGUUACAGAAAUGUUGGGAAUGAUACAUUUUAAUGUGUGCAAGAUGAUAUGUUGGUGUGCACAGAGGGUCUUUUUUUCCUUAUCUGAUUAGUACUGUUAAUGUCCAAGAAUAAAAAUGGUUGUUUUACAGUUUAGAUUCUGAGAUAGCAAAACCUGAUUUUUCAACCAUGACCUGCAUGAGAGAAGCAUCCUAGAAAGUCCUAGAUCAUACUUCUGAGUUCUUUAAUUUAUAUAGUGUUUUUUAAUGUUUUAAUAUUUUUGUGAACUUGUGUAAAUUGUUAAUGCAUAUAAGCUUGUGUAUUUUUGUAAAUAGUUUUGUGAUUCAUUUCUUGCCCCUUAUGUAAAUAUUUAGAGCUUCAUUUCUUCCAAACUUAUUUGAAGCUGAGUUGUGGGUUUUGGGUUUCCUUGUUUGUUUGGCUGGGGGGUGGGUGGGGAAAAGGGAUUUUGUACUUGAAGAUGGAGAUAUCUUGUGGUUUAAUGCAAAUGUCCCACUGAAAGCAACUCAAAUAUCAACAGAAUUAUUUCAGGUUAAAACAUA